AUGGAAGCUCCUUCAAGACCAUCUUUCGAUGCCGAAAGAACAAUCACAUCGUCAACAACAACAAUAUCAAACCCAACCCCAUCAGUCCUCGAGAAACAACCAGACGAGCCCUGGAAAACGCACGGCUAUCCCGAACUGACGCGAUGGAUGGCCUCAUCGAACGACUUCCUCGUCCUGCGAAGGUUCAGCCAAGUCGGCGUAAGGUUGACGCUCAAACUCCAAGACGAGCUGGUGAGGAUGGAGGAACAACUCCGCCAGAUGGAUGAUUUCGCUUCGAACCAGCCGGAGCGUCGCGGUGGGAGUGGAAGUUAUCGGCUGGAUGAGGGUUCGCCAAGGGAUAAGUUGUUGGAGGAGAUGGCGCCGCGGUUGAGGGAGUAUUAUGACUUCGUGAACGCCUUCUCGCAAAUCAAGAGCCGUCCAGGCGCGCAAAACUUCCAGAUCCUCCACGUCCGGAACUGGUUCGACAACCACCACGACGCCAUCUACGAGCCUGAACGCGAGUUCGUCGCUGAACAGAACGACGGCGACCUGAUCACUCUGGUCGACAAGCCGAAGUCGCUCCUGCGGCAGUUUCUGCAGAGGUUCACUGGCACCGUCAGGCUCUUUCGCGUGCGGCAGCGGGCUGAUAGGAUCCGGUCCAGCACCACGAGGUAUUACAGCGAUCGAUGGUUCGACACGUUUACUUCGGCUGUGAUUAUCGCUGGUGGCUUGGUGAUGCUUUUCGUCCCGAUUUGGUGGUUGAAUUCUGUUGUGGAGAACAGCAAGCGUUUGGGGAUCAAUACUGGCUUCGUCUUUCUGUUUGCGGUGCUGCUGUUUGGCGCGACGACGAAUGCGACUAAAGGAUUUGAAGUGCUGGCGGCGACUGCUGCGUAUGCUGCAGUGCUCAUGGUGUAUCUGCAAAACGGUAGCUCGAGCUAG